AUGUACCGUUGCGUGGGGGAGCUUCUCGGGCCCGCCCGCGCCGCCGCCGCCGCCGGCUCCUGCCCGUCCCUGUCCGGCGCGGAGCCCUGCGCGGCCGCCCUGCUGGCGGGGGGCGGCGGCGGGAGGAGGCCCUGCGGCCCCCGGCGCCGCUACAGCCAGGCCGUGGGCCGGGCGGAGGGCGACGACGACCCCAACUUCUUCAAGAUGGUGGAGGGCUUCUUCGACCGGGGCGCCGGCAUCGUGGAGGACCAGCUGGUGGAGGGUCUGCGCACGCGCGAGAGCGCCGAGGAGAAGCGGCACCGCGUCCGCGGCAUCCUGCGCAUCAUCAAGCCCUGCAACCACGUGCUCAGCAUCUCCUUCCCCAUCAAGCGCGACAACGGCGAGUGGGAGGUGGUCGACGGCUACCGGGCGCAGCACAGCCAGCACCGCACCCCCUGCAAGGGAGGCAUUCGUUUCAGCACAGACGUGAGUGUUGAUGAAGUGAAGGCCUUAGCUUCUUUGAUGACAUAUAAAUGUGCGGUGGUCGAUGUGCCAUUUGGUGGUGCAAAGGCUGGUGUUAAGAUCAAUCCUAGGAAUUAUACAGAUAAUGAGUUGGAAAAAAUCACAAGACGGUUUACUAUAGAACUAGCAAAGAAGGGAUUUAUUGGGCCUGGUAUUGACGUGCCUGCGCCUGACAUGAGCACAGGUGAGAGGGAGAUGUCCUGGAUUGCCGACACCUACGCAACCACCAUAGGCCACAACGAUAUCAAUGCCCAUGCCUGCGUCACUGGGAAGCCAAUCAGCCAAGGUGGCAUCCAUGGACGUAUAUCUGCUACAGGCCGUGGGGUCUUCCAUGGAAUCGAGAACUUCAUUAAUGAAGCAUCCUAUAUGAGCCUCUUGGGAAUGACUCCAGGAUUUGGAGAUAAGACUUUUGCUAUCCAGGGGUUUGGCAACGUGGGCCUGCAUUCUAUGAGGUACCUGCAUCGGUACGGUGCAAAAUGUGUUGCCAUUGGGGAAAAGGACGGUGCGAUAUGGAAUCCUGAUGGGCUUGACCCAAAGGAGUUGGAAGAUUACAAACUGCAACAUGGAUCAAUUCUCACCUUCCCGAAGGCGCAAGCCCUGGACUGCCACAUCCUCGAAGCCGACUGUGACAUCCUUAUCCCGGCCGCCAGCGAAAAACAGUUAACAAAAGCCAAUGCUCAUAAAGUCAAAGCAAAAAUCAUUGCUGAAGGUGCUAAUGGGCCCACAACUCCCGAAGCAGACAAAAUCUUCUUGGAACGGAAUAUCAUGGUUAUUCCAGAUCUGUAUUUAAAUGCUGGUGGUGUAACAGUGUCUUAUUUUGAGUGGCUGAAGAACCUGAACCAUGUCAGCUAUGGACGCUUGACAUUUAAAUAUGAAAGGGAUUCAAACUACCACUUGCUCAUGUCAGUCCAGGAAAGCUUAGAAAGGAAAUUUGGGAAACACGGUGGAGCUAUUCCAGUUGUGCCUACUGCCGAAUUCCAGGAUAGGAUAUCUGGUGCAUCUGAAAAAGACAUUGUUCAUUCUGGAUUGGCCUACACCAUGGAGCGUUCUGCCAGGCAAAUCAUGCGCACUGCCAUGAAGUACAAUCUGGGCCUGGACCUGAGGACAGCCGCCUACGUCAAUGCGAUUGAGAAGGUCUUCAAGGUGUACAAUGAGGCUGGGCUGUCCUUCGCAUAAAUGGACCGACAUCCACCUCCACCUGGCUCCCUGGUGCAUAUCCUCUUCAGAAAGCUUAUCACAAGUUUACAUAACCACAUAAAUCACUUUCCUUUCUCAGUUCCUUAUAGUGGAUAUGAUUUUCAAUUAGCUUCUGUCAAAGCUAGUCUUUUUUUUA